AUGGAAGCGAUCCAGAUUCUGCUGGUAACACUUACAACGGCUGCUUUUGCAGCUCCUCAAGGAUAUGCCGUGGGUGCUCCAUCAGGUGCAGGGCUCUCGUCUGGACCAGGACCAGAGUCUUCGGGAGGAGUGAGUUCACACGAAGAUGAGAGUUCACACGAAGACGAUUCUAGCCGUGAAGACGGUGCCACUGCUGCCUGCAAAGAGGGGGAAGUUCUACAUGUAGAUGGUACUUGUGUAGUUCCCGAUAUCACAAGAAAAGUAUAUCUUUUUGAAGUUCCCGAGCAGGAACAGCCUGUUGGUCCACCACCCAGUCUUCCUCCUCCGGCAGUAGAGCACAACAUCCUCUUCGUACGCCUUCCUGAGGGGGGACCAGCACCCGAGCCAAUCGUUCUUCCUCCACCAAGACAGAACAACAUUGUCUAUGUCCUCAACAAACAGGACCAACAAGUUCAGCGAGUGAUCGAAGUACCAGCUUACCCUCAAGUAGAUCCUGAGAUUUACUUCGUCAACUACCAAGAAGGAGAAAAUCCAACCCUUCCCUUCGGAGUGAACCUUGAAACUGUUCUCAGUACUGCUGCAGCUGCUGGUGGCCAAGUCCUUGGUGGCGUUGGCGAUGUUGAUGGAGCUGCUACAGGACAAGGCGGAAGCGGAGCCGAAUUGGGCAGUGUCAGUGCAGCCGGUAUCGGUUUGCAAGUUAAUGGUGGCGCGGGAGUAGACCCGUCUGGUCUUUAUGCGACGCCAUAA